AUCUCUGUCAACCCGCACAAGCGGCUCGGCCACCUCGACGACUUUCUGCGCUACUGCGACGACCUCGACCGCGCAGAGGACGAGCUUCUUCCGCCGCACGUGUACCGCAUCGCGCGCGCCGCCUUCACCGCCCUGGUGCGGACGGGCAAGUCGCAGUCCAUCCUUGUCUCUGGCGACUCGGGCGCCGGCAAGACGGAGGCGUGCAAGCUCGUCGUGGCGUGCCUCGCGCGUCUCGCGCCGUCGGGCCGCGCCGGGGCGACCGAGGCGGCGCUCGGGGGCGCACUCAUGCUCGAGGCGAGGGAGUUCGUGGAGGCGUGGGGGAACGCGACGACGACGCAAAACAAGAACUCGUCGCGCUUCGGCAAGUGGCUCGCCGUCGAGCUCGACGCAGAGAGCGCGAUCCACCGCUGCUCGCUGCAGCCGUACCUGCUCGAGCGGAGCCGCGUGGUGGUGCACGGCCCGGGCGAGCGCUCGUACCACGUCUUCUACCAGAUG